AGCGCUGCUUUCUGGAGGGCCCGCCCGGCCUUGUCCUCUGCGUCUUGCUGGAGUCCCUUGGCUCUGCAGGGUGGCUUGGACUGCUCCAUCUCUUUUGUUUCUCAUGUCCUGGGGAAGGUGUGCAUUCAUGGAAGGCAAAAGGAAAUUCUGGGAGUUUUGGUGCCCCGCCUGACAGACCUCACCAAAUCAGACUGCAUCUGGCAGAGGAUAUGCUGGCGGUUGGUGGAAUGUGUGCCAGACCGCUGGAUGGAAGCAGUGGUCCUUGGUUUUGUGCAGAGAGCACCUGGGGCAGAUGUCUUGUCCAGAUUGCUGGGGAACCUGGUUGUGAAGAACAAGAAGGCUCAGUUUGUGGUGACACAGAAGAUGCUGCUCUUGCAGUAUGGUCACACGACAGAAGUGCUACAGAACCUCCUUGGCUACCUGUCCCUGGAUGGCCUGCGGCGCACGUUGUUGCUCAGAGUGCUGCAGGAGCUGUUGGAGACCUGGAGCAGCAGCAGUGCUGUGAAACACUCCCCAGCUGAGCAGCAGUUGUACAUUAGCAAGGCCAUCCUCAUCUGCCUCUCCCACCUGAAGGAGCCUGAAAUUGAGACCCACAGACAAGAGCUUCUGACAAGCAUGAUGGAGGGUGUGAAAUGCCGCUUGGACAGCAGUCUGCCGCAACAACGGCGUCUGGGCAUGGUGGUGGCAGAGAGCAUCAGCUUGAAAAUAAACACUGAAGGGCCUGUCCUGAAAUUUGAGUAUGAAGAAGAUGAUGAAACAAGAGAAUUGAAGUCCCUUCUGGUGCAGACUCCAUCAUUCUGUAAAGUCCCCAGCCUUCCAGAUGAUGACAGGGGUGAGAAAGGAGGUGCUGCACUGCCAUUGGUACCAGAGAGUAAUGAGAAAUCCCAUACAGCAGCCCCUGUGAUACCAAAUGAGGAGUCAGACACUGAGUUUGACAGUGAUGAUGACCUCAUCCCUUAUGACAUGUCUGAGGAUAAAGAGCUAAAAAUUAAGGCUCCUGUGUAUAUCCGAGACUGUAUUGAAGUUCUGACUGGAUCAAGAACUGAAGAUGUGGACAAAUGGGAAGCUACAGUCAAGGCCCUUGAGAGCUUGGUUCAGAAGAAUCCAGCAGCAACAAGAGAGGUUAGUGUGGAGCUGGCAAAAAUCUUACUGCAUUUGGAGGAAAAGACCUGCAUUGAAGGCUUCGUGGAGCUCCGUCAAAGAGCUCAAGUAGCUGUUUUAACCACAGACCCAAUACCUGUUGCAAAGUACCUGACCUCCCAGUUCUACUCUCUGAACUACAGUCUCCGUCAGCGCAUGGACAUCCUUGAUGUAUUGGUUUUGGCAGCUCAGGAACUGUCCUGUCCCAAGUUCUGUGGAGAGACCAAGCAUUCUGGUGCCCAAAAGCCUUGUAUCCAGCUCCUUCAGGGAAGUGACAGCUCUAAGGGCUGGAGAAGAGUUGUUGAUGAGAGGAUCAAAAACAAGACUCGGAGAUUAGAUAAGGGUCAGUGUCACGUGGAACUGGCUUCCCGUCCGAACAAGUUUAAUUCUGUUGCUGGGUAUUUCUUUUUCCCAUUGAUUCAGCACUUCGACAGGCCUUUAACAACAUUUGAUCUUCUGGGGGAAGAUCACUUAGUCCUUGGAAGACUGGCCCACACUUUAGCAAUCCUGAUGUACUUGGCUGUCAACACUGUGGCAGUGACAGCAAUGGGAAAGGCACUGCUGGAGUUUGUUUGGGCACUGCGUUUCCACACGGACUCGUAUGUGCGCCAGGGCCUUUUGUCCUGUAUCUCCUCCCUGCUCCUCAGCGUCCCUACAGAAAGGAUUCUGGCAGACAUGACAGAGGAGCUGUUGGAGACUCAGUCCUGGCUGGGAGAUGUGAUGGAGAAAGACCCUGAUGGGGACUGCAGAAGGCUGGCCCUGCAGAACUUGCUGCUAAUGGAGAACCUGAAAAAGAAACUUGAAGUUGUUCCUUCCUAGCUGAAAGAAUGAAAAAUAUGGAUAAAGUUUCUGAGCUGUGCCUCACCCUGCUGCACAUUUAGGCUUCUACCAUCUUCCUGCGUGAGAGCCACACUCCACCAAGCUGCACAGAUGGACAAUAUGGAUCCUGUAGGUUAGAAGAAUUAAGACUUCACUUACUGUA